CCUUCUCCUUCUCAAUUAGGGAUGGAAUGAAGCUACGCUUGUCAGCUGGGCGGUUGGUCACGGGGUGGAUCAUGACGUCACCACUGAAGAAAUCCACAGAUGGCUGGAAGACAAGCAUAGUGUUAAGAAUGGGUAGAAUGGACACCAAGGUCUUGAGACAUCAGUAGCACUCCAGAAACUCCCCAACUAGAAAGAUGCUCAGGACCCCCUAGGCACGACUAUUAAAAAGGAGAAAAGGUGCACAGGCUCCGCAUAAACUCCUCCAGGCCAGGGAGGGAGGCGGAGGCCAGGCGCGGGGGAGGAGCCGACUGCUAUAAAGGCACUGCUCUGCUGGCGGCCCCACUCCAGUCCGAACACAUGUGCCCGCGUCGCCCGGCAGCCGCCACCGCGGGGCGCAGCGGAGACCCCUGGCCCGGCGGCCUGUGGGGGCCUAAAGAGGCGGCAUGAGCAGCGCACCGUGGAGCUGACGCCGCGCCCCCUGCCCGGCCCAUGUCCUUCGCCAUGCUGCGCUCAGCGCCUCCGGGCCGAUACCUGUACCCUGAGGUGAGCCCGCUGUCGGAGGAUGAGGACCGCGGAAGCGAGAGUUCGGGCUCCGACGAAAAACCCUGCCGUGUGCAUGCAGCACGCUGUGGCCUCCAGGGCGCCCGGCGGCGGGCAGGAGGACGGAGGGCCGCGGGAAGCGGGCCGGGACCCGGGGGGCGGCCAGGCCGCGAGCCCCGGCAGCGGCACACAGCGAAUGCGCGCGAGCGGGACCGCACCAACAGCGUGAACACGGCCUUCACCGCGCUGCGCACACUCAUUCCCACCGAGCCAGCAGAUCGUAAGCUCUCCAAGAUUGAGACGCUGCGCCUGGCUUCCAGCUACAUUUCUCACCUGGGCAACGUGCUGCUGGUGGGUGAGGCCUGCGGCGACGGGCAACCAUGCCACUCGGGACCCGCUUUCUUCCACAGCGGUCGUGCGGGCAGUCCCCUGCCACCGCCACCACAACCACCACCUCUGGCCCGAGACGGAGGCGAGAACACCCAGCCCAAACAGAUCUGCACCUUCUGCCUCAGCAACCAGAGAAAGUUGAGCAAAGACCGUGACAGAAAGGCGGCGAUUCGAAGUUAGAAGGAGGAGGGUCCACAGCAGCCAAGAGGUGAUGCCUAGUGAAGGUGGAUGCCACUGAAGAGUCACCGAGAGCCCCACCUCGGACCUGAUCUGAGCACAGGUCCCCAGGAGCACGCUCACCUGGCCAGACCUGCCCCAGCUAUGAGCAGGGCCUAUGAACAGACAGACGGACAGGCGGGCUAUGGCUUGACUCUAAGUAGCCCAACACUUCCCAGGCCCACUGGAACUUUCCAUGCUGACUCCCUACCUGGGCCAAGUGUUGGCAUCUUGUGUCUUUAAUAUGAUAAUAUAAAGUCUGAAAAUUUUUGUAUAAUUAAAAAUGAAACAGUAUCUUCCAAAUUGAGGCAGACUGCCCUCUUGAAAGAAUCUGAACUCACCAUGACCCUAUCUUCCCAGAGUGAGGCAGAGUGAUGACAGGUUUAGAUCACCUAUCAAGAGCUUUGUACCAGGGAUCUGUGAUGCGGGAGCAGGGCCAAAGGGACAGGGCAGGGAAGAGAGGGUGGAGAGGUAAAGCAGAAGGAAAGAGGAGAGGGCAUAAGAGGCAGCAAGCAACACAGCAGCCUUGCCUCCUACCAAGGAACAUGGUGACGGGGUCUCGGCCUCAUGGGCACUUGUCUCCCCAGCAGUGUUCCAUUAAAAGUGGGUUAGGGAGUACGUGAGCGGUGCUGUCCAGCCAAGCAGGCCACCAGGCCUAUAUGGGCCUUAGGACACCAUCUGAGUAGCAGCUACCCAAAUGUCCCCACUGAUACCAACCUAGGCCCAGGGAGACUGCGAGGGCUUCUGCUCUGCUUCCAGCUGCACACUGGAAAGAUUGCUAGCCAUCCAACACUCUGCCCUAUCCAACUCUCCCAAAGAUCCCUCUGGCCUCUGAGGUUGAUUUAGACCCUAGCCAGGCACUGUGCACAGCUGGCUGAUCAUUAAAAUCGUGCAGGUGACAAUUAGUUGAGUGGUAUGACAGAAGAAAGGCCAGGCCUGACUUCUGGCUGGGUGGUGGGUAAGGAAAGGCAGAGGGCACCAGGUGCUGGUACUGGCAGGCCUCCUGGUCCCUGGCUGGGGGGAGACCAGGUGUUAAGGCCUAUGUGGGCAUCCUCAUAGGGCAGGACCAGCGUGGCCCCUCCUCUGCACUGAAGGGCUCCAGGGAAUGCUGGUGCAGGAAACAGUGGUGUAAUUUUGGAGGAAAUUCUCAAAGCCAGAGCCAUUAAGGCAGGGGUAGGAGCUGUGUCCAAUCUGACAGAACUAUAACAGGGUAGAGAGUCACAGCGCCAGGUUUUGUUCAGAAAGAAACCCAACCCCAAAUUUCCUCUCCUUAAUCCUGUAGGAGCCCACAGCUGCUCAGAGGGAGGGAGACAGGGCACACUCAGUCACUACAGAGGCUCCUGCAGUCCAGGAAGUCCAGCCACAACCUGGAGGUGCAGCUGGGGCUGAGAGAAGCCACUUUCUCUUCUCAUGUAUUCUUCAUGCAAGGCUCUGACCAGUGUCACUUCCAAGCUACAAGCACCCUGUGACAGACACUGGGUUGAGACCAGAGUCACAACCUGGCAGGGUGUACCUGUAUUUGGCAAAUGGGCACCAACCACCACCAAGGACCCUUGCUGACCUUCCUCCUCUGCUAGACAUGGGUCUCUUGCCCCUCACCUAUAGGUCUCACAUUUCAAUACCUAGGUGCCAAUCUCCCACACAAACCCCAGGAGGACAAUGACUAAGUGGGUACCUACUUCUGUGGUCAGAAUGGCUGGGCCAGUGUCAGGAAGAAACCAGAGGAGCAUGCAUACAAAAGGCUCUGAGAGAAAGUACCCAAAGAGCAAACUGGAGAAUAAGGAUAGGAACAUUUGUCCAUAUGUAGAGGCUGCCAAUCUGAGUAGCAAGCAUGGCUGGGGACUAUGGGGCCACACAGAGGCCCAAAUGAUGCCCAGCUAGCUCCAGUAGGCAUCUCAUGACCUAGAACCCAGUGGAAAAGGAAAGAGCCAACUGAGUGAUUAGGGCAAAGCAGAAGAAAGCAGGGAAGCCCAGGAGCUGGCAAGCUUGAGCUUCAGCAAGACUGAAUAGUAGGCCAGAGUCAACCAGACAAGAGCUGGAGGCUUGGGUGUCAAGAGGGGUCAGAUAAAAGGGAAUGAGCUGUGGGGCCGGAAGGCUCUCCAGAGACGGAGAGUUGGGGUGCGGCACGCGCCCGGCCAAGGCCUCCACUGCCGGGCCUGACUCUGAAAGCGGCUGCAGCUUGGCCAGCCUCAGGCUCGGGCAAGCGGCCCAGCCACUCCCUGAGCUGCACCGGUAGCAGUGGCUGAGGGCUUGGCCCGACAGUCAGCAGGAGGAGGGGAGGGGCGGGAAGAACACUCCGUCACCCUCCACUGCUCCAGAUUCAAACCAGACCGGGAGUGGCACGGUCCAUUCCCAUUCUGUGGCUCCACGUGAGUCCACAACAGCUUAUGGCCAAAGAGUGGCAGGUGCUCCCUACCCACCACAGGCCCUGGCAUCCUUCCCAGAGGGCAACUUCACCCUCCACCACACUGAGGAGCUGUGGGACAAAAACCAGGGGCUCCCUUAGUGUGUGCCCCACAGAGGCAGCUGAAGAGGGGGAGGCUGGCCCAAACCAUGGGCCAGCAGCCACCCUUGCGAGCUGAGCUGGGCUGGAAACAUUCGGCUCAGCCUCAGCUGUCAGCUCCCUGUCCCCAGCCUGGGGAAUGAGCUGCUGGCG